CUUUGAAUUUGAAUAUAAACGGAAAUUGGCAAUUUGUCACACAUUUGUAAAAAAAUAUAUUUAAAAAAUAAGGAAGCUGUUUUCUUCCUGUCAUCGCCCCAUUCACCUUCGUGGUGGAGAAAUGGGAUGACAGGGGGCAGCUGAGGUGAGACUGAUAAGGACAAUGAUUGUGCCCGGCGUUGGCAUCCCGCUCCCGGAGCGUCUGUUGCUGAUGUUGGUCCUGCUGUCGGUCUCUGAGUCGAGGCUCACACAAGCUUGCCCUGGGCUCAUCACUAGUGGCUGCAGCUGUACCGAUGACCGCUCCAAAGCCCACUCCACUCAGACUGUUCGGAAAAGAGUUCGCUGCGGUAACGAAGAACUUUCUGAAACUCCAGAGUCCGGUCUGCUACCGAACCAGACCGUUACUUUAAUUUUGAGCAACAAUCGCAUCAGGGUUCUGAGAAAUGGAUCCUUUGUUGGACUCUAUGCCCUGGAGAAACUAGACCUCAGGAGCAACCUCAUCAGCACCAUCAUGCCUGGAGCCUUCCAAAGUUUAUCUGCUCUUCGGAAGCUUGACCUGUCCAACAACCGCAUCGGCUGCUUGACUCCAGACAUGUUCCAGGGACUCACCAACCUCACCAAACUGAACCUCUCUGGAAACAUCUUAUCUACCUUGGACUCGGGGGUCUUUCAGGAGCUCCACUCUCUUAAGCAAGUGAACUUCAACUCUGACUUCCUGUCAUGUGACUGUGGGCUGCGCUGGGUGCCAGGUUACUCUCCUACCAGUACAGCGUGGCUGGGGGACGAGACCGUCUGUGCCUAUCCCAAAAGCCUCCAUGGAAAGCCUCUGCGUGGACUGAGGGAAAGUCAGCUGAGCUGUGAUGGGCCUCUGGAGCUGCACACCCUGUCUCUCCUGCCCUCCCAGCGCCAGGUGGUCUAAGGGGACCGAAUGCCCUUCCACUGCACUGCCGCCCUGGUGGACAAAAUCACUGCGAUGCACUGGCGCCACAACGGCCAGCUGGUGACCUCUGACCCUGAACAGGGCGUCAGUCUGGAGGCCAGCGUGGUGCAUGACUGCACCUUCAUCACCAGUGAGCUCAUCCUGUCCAACGUGCAUGUGGAGGCCAGUGGAGAGUGGGAGUGUGUGGUGGCCACUGGGCGGGGCAACACUUCCCGCAGUGUGGAGAUAGUGGUGCUGGAGAACAGUGCCUCCUUCUGUCCGGAGGAGAGAGUCACUAACAACCGGGGGGAGUUCAAGUGGCAGAAGACCCUGGCAGGUAUCACCUCCUACCAGUUCUGUCUCCAGCUGCGCUACCCCUCCCUGUCCAUGGAGGGUGGUGUGGUGCAGAAGCAGGCAUCACGCUACUGUGACCGCUCAGGGAGCUGGGAGGAGGGAGACUAUGACAACUGUCUCUACACUAACGACAUCACACGGGUCCUACACACCUUCAUCCUGAUGCCCAUCAAUGCCUCUAAUGCGGCCACUCUGGCACGUCAGGUGCGUACCUACACUGUGGAGGCACCCGGCUUCACUGACACCAUGGACGUGAUGUACGUGGCCCAGAUGAUGGAGAAAUUCAUGGAAUAUAUCCGACCACUGAGAGAGCUGUCAGAGAUGCUGGUGGACAUGGGCAGUAACCUGAUGCAGGUGGAUGAUCAGAUCCUGGCCCAUGCCCAGAGAGAGAAGAGAGCCUGCAGCUCCAUAGUCCACUCUCUGGAGACCCUGGCCUGGCCCCAGCUACACAGCCAUGCCCAGGACCUCUCCAUGAUCUCCAGGAACAUUGUGAUGGAGGCCCACCUUAUCCGUCCGGCCCACUUCACUGGAAUGAGCUGCACAGCCUACCAACGCAGGGAGACGUUGUUAGGCAAUCUGGGCAUGGAGGGGGCAGAGCCCACCCACGAACAGCAGCUCCGCUUCCGCUGCACCACUGGCACCCACAACACCUCCCUAAACAACUUCCCCAUGAAGAAUGCUGUAGCCCUGGCCUCUGUGGUUCUUCCCGCCUCUCUGUUCCCCCCGGACGCCCCGUCAGACUGUAAGCUCCAGUUUGUGGCGUUCCGUACAGGGAGGUUCUUCCCUUUCUCUGGGAACUCCAACGGUCCUGGAGAGCACGUCCGCAGACACAGUAUCAACAGCCCAGUGGUCUACGUAGGCUUGGAUGGGUGCAGUCUGUGGAACCACUCGGAGGCUAUCCUGGUGUCCCUGCGUCACUUGACCCCAGGCAGCGAGCCGGUGGCGGCCCACUGGAGCUUACAGGCACUGCUGCAGAAGCAGGGGGGGUGGAGCCAGGAGGGCUGCCAACUAGCCCACACUGACUCUGCCACCUCCACCCUGCGCUGCUCUGUGCUCAGCAACUACGCUGUGUUGCAGGAGGUUCCUGACUUCCCCCACUCCCCACCCAUGUCAGUGAGGGUGCUCCACCCUGUGGUUUACACCUGUACUGCAAUCCUCCUCCUCUGCCUCUUCACCAUCAUCAUCACACACAUACUACACCACAGUUCUAUAAAUAUAUCCAGAAAGAGCUGGCACACCUUACUCAAUACCUGCUUCCACAUCGCUAUGACCACAGCUGUGUACACAGGCGGCAUCACCCUGACCAGCUACCCAAUGGUGUGCCAGGCAGUGGGCAUCGCUCUACACUACUCCUCCUUGUCUACUCUGCUGUGGAUCGGUGUCAGCGCCAGAGUCCUCUACAAAGAGUCUGUCUGGAGGAUACCACGGCAACCAGAGGGAGAGUCUACUGUUCCCCCUACUCAGCGGCCUAUGCUCAGGUUCUAUCUGAUAGCUGGUGGUGUUCCUCUCAUCGUAUGUGGCAUCACAGCAGCUGUCAACGUCAACAACUAUGGGGACAACAACCCUUACUGCUGGUUGGUGUGGCGGCCCAGUUUGGGGGCCUUCUUUGUCCCCGCAGGCUUGGCGGUAUUGGUGACCUGGAUCUAUUUCCUGUGCACUGUGUUUCGCCUGAGGCACCGAGUGUCCAAAGAGUGCCCAAGAUUCUCCCUGUCCUCCCCUGUGGCUGAGAGCCAGCCAGCCCUGGGUGGCAGCACCAGCCUCCUGUCCACAGACUCUGUGGUGGGGACCAUACAUGCUGCGUUGACCCCAGAGGACCAGUACACCCUGAAUGUUCAGUUCCUGGUGCUGGUAGCCACCCACUUCCUGUUCCUGGCCCUGUGGAGCUGUGGAGCCAUGGCCAUGUGGCUGACAGGGCGCAGCAGCCUAUUGUUCAGCUGUCUCUAUGGAGUAGCUACCACCGUGUUGGGGGUGUUCCUGGUGGUCCACCACUGCUUCCGACGCCUGGACGUGCAGGCCUCCUGGCUAAGGUGUUGUCUAGGAAAUCGGCUCUCCCAGCCCAUACCAGUCUAUACGCACACCUGCACCACUGUGAGUGGGGUGCAGACCACCUCUGAACAGGGAUCCCAGAUCUUCAUUGGCUGCCAUCCUCCAGGGGAUCCCCACAACACCUCAUCAGCCAGGUCCUCCUCCACCCCCAGUGGGAUCAGCAGUGUGGGCCCUGGGCCCUGUAAACUUACCAACCUGCUGCAGGUGGCACAAGAAAAUACCAACAAUGCCACUCGUGCCCCAGCAGGCAUCAACACCAGCACCAGUACAGACAAUAACAACAAGCAAGCUAACAACCUGCUGCCCACACUAGGCUCUGUAGCCCCUGUCCAGCCUCAGAGGAGGAAGGUCAGUGGCAGAACUAAACAAGGGAGCAGUCAGUAUCACCACCGAGGUGAAGGCAGAGGUCACUACCGUCUCAAAGCCAUGAGGACUGGUGGGGGAGGGGGCAGUAUGGGAGCACUGGGACCUACAGGUAUAGAGCAGCACAACACUGCCCAUCCAGCCCACAAACAGGCCACUAGUGAGAAUGGCAGUCUCCAUCACAGCCACUCUGAAAGCCCAGCCAGCCCACUAACCAACGGUAAUGGUAGGAGAGUGGGGGGGACAGUGACCACCAGUCCCUCAGAGGGUAGUGACGGGGGCAGCAGUGGCAGCCGUAAGCCCUUCCCUCUGCUCCCCUCUGUGGCCAGCAGGGUGGCCAUGCAAGGUAAUAGGUGCAGCGCCAGCCGAGACAAUCUGAAACUGGCAGUGGCUGCAGAGCGGGAAGCUAAGCGCUGCUCCUACCCUCUGAACAGUAUCACUACCACUGUGCCAGGGGCUGCCCCUAACGGCAUCAUCAAGAGCUCUGUGAUAGAGCUGGAAUUGGACACAAGUUGUACAGACCAUUCCCAGAGCUCUGUGGGCAUGAAAAGUAUGUGGAAGAGUGAAACUACAGUGUGACACUCACUCUCUCCCAGCAAAUGUCCACAGUGGACCCUGGCAAUAUUUGAUAUGACUGCUGUUGUUGUAGUGUCCUACACCUAUAGAGACAAAUCCUGAUCUGAGAUCCAUGUGUGUAAAUCCCCAGCUAGCAUAUAACGUUCUGAGAACUAUAUGUUUCUUAUAGAGCUUGGUGAGAGCAUGGUUGUCCUAUGGUUAUUUGUAUAAAACCUUCCCACAACUUUCUGCAAAUGGUGCAGGAUAGUUGCUUGUCUUUGGAACAUUCUCAGCACAUUCAAGGAGCUUGACCAAAAAAAGGUUAUUUUCUUUGUAUUUCAUUACUUUAAGAGAACUUUCAAACAUGGUUACAUUUAAUAAAAAUGUUGGUAAUGUUCUAGAAACAUUCUCCAACUGGUUUGACAUUUGAAAUGUUCUCAAAUAGUUCAGAAACUUUAAGAAACAAUGUUCUUCUGUGGGAAUUUCAGUACUUGAGCAUAAUGUUUCCUUCAGGUUUCGAAUAAAACAUAAUUAAAUCUAAAUGUAAUUUUCACAUGCUUCGUAAACAACAGGUGUAGACUAACAAUGAAAUGCUUACUUACAGGUCCUUUUCCAACAAUACAGAGUUAAAGAUAAAGAUAGAAAAUCAAAAUAGUGUCAUGGUUAUAUUUAAGGUCAUGUUCUCAAAUUGUUCCAAGAACGUUAAGAAACAACGUUCUUCUCUGGGAAUGUCAUUACCAUAGAAUAACGUUUUCUACAGGCUUCUUCAAGGUUCUAAUUAAAGUAAUGUUCUCAAAUUGUUCUGAGAAUAUUAAGUUAACUUUCCAUAAAAAAACACAAGAAAACUUUAGUAACGUUCAGAAGAAGUUUUAAGAAUGUUAUUGAAAAACAUGUAUUUCCAUUCAUCCGCAUCAAUGAAACUCUUUCUAUCCUUUAUCUUGUAUCUUGUGUGUUCAGGUGUGUUGGCCUUGCCCACUAAUGGGCCAUACCCGAGUGCUUCUUUCCCUGUCAAAUGGGGUCCGUUUGAAUAGACUAAAAUUAAAAGCUUUGUACUCGUAAAAAAACAUGGCAUGCUUGCUCCAUCCGGGUGGCGCAGUGGACUAAUUCCAUGAAUAGAGAACGUAAGAUUAUAGGUUUGAAUCUCACUGAUGCAUCACAAUAAAAAAUAAAUGUUUUUGCAUGAUUAAUUCCUAAGGAAAUGAAUUUCCAUGUGUCCUAUCUGUGCUUGGAGUUCAAUAAAGUUGACUCAAAAUAAGCUAGUUGUGUUGCUAAAAGUCUUAUUGAAACAUUCAGUUAACGUAAUCCAAAAACCUCCAGAUCACCUAUAAUUUCCGUUCUCAGAGCGCUGGGUGAGACUUUUGUACAUUUCAUUUAAAUAAUUGCAAAGAACUUCAAGUAUCACUUGUGGAUCUCAAAUUGGGAUUCAGCUCAUGAUGAGGUUUUUAUUUUAAAUGUGUAAAGGAGAUAGAUCAUGGGGUUGUGUUGCUUCUUACUUUUGCUUCCAUCACAGUGAUGGUAUGGGAUGUGUACUUUCAUCUCUGUCACUUAUGAACUGUUUGUUGGGUUUGCCAGGAAUUCAAGGCCUGUCUUUUGUGUACCUAAAAUACUCAUUUAUUCACAGGAAGUUUUACAAGCUAAGUCUAAAAUUGACAUAAGAUGUUGAUGUUGGAUACCUUAAAGGGGCAAUUUGCAGUUGUAUUCUUUUCUGUGCAUAUCAACUAUAGCAUGAAAUGGAAUCUGAGAUUGUCCAUUUCUACAGUACGGCUGUGCAUUGCCUCUGUGAAGAAUCCUUUUGCUCUUAUUAUGUUGACUUGUGCGUGUGUGUGUGUGUGUGUGUGUGUGUGUGUGUGUGUGUGUGUGUGUGUGUGUGUGUGUGCUUCCGUGAAUGUGUUUGUGUGUGAGAUCCUUAAUCUAGGAUGAGAGAAUGCAGUUUGUAAAAUAAUAUGUUUUUACUAAAACUCGGAUUCAAAUACGCAUCAGCACUGAGAGGGAACUUCUCCCCUUCAUGACCAGGUUGGACAAGUAUCAGUGUUUGGAUAAAAUGAACUAAGAGUGACGUUUCUUUGACCCUGGCAUGUACUCGGAAAUGUUCCUGGUUAUUUUUCAUAUGAACUGCCACAUCCUUCUUCCUUUUUCCGUUUUCCCUUACUGGCCUAUGUUCAGUUUGGGAUACAAAUGUACUGUAACAUUCAAUUAAACGGAAACAGUGCUGUUCUGAAUGACCAGUUCAAAAACAGGGAGGGAUUGGGUUGUGGGCUGUGGAACGCUGUCAGCAUGGCCUCUACCCUUUAAAUAUGUCACUCACUGCUUCAAGCCACACCCACCAAACGGAGAAAACGUACCUCAAAGUCUGUUCAAGAACGUUGAAGAACAAUUUGGGGAAAUGUGUCAAUCAGUACAAGUGGUUCCACAGUGUACCAAAUGUUCAAUCGAACUAAACGCACCCCUGUGCUCUCACACCCUCGGAGUUUCAAAUCUCUGGAUUUACACUUAUCUAAACACUGCCCCCUCCAGGAUUUCAAACAUCAUUGUUCUUGCGCUGACAAGUCAAAGGGAUACAUCAGUAAAACCACGUUCAGUUUGUCAUCUGCAUCAGGAGACUAUGUUAACGCUUGUUAAAUUAUGUGGUAAAUGGCUCUGAUUUCUAACACAUUAAUCAAGAUACAGUAAGUGCUUACUGACACCCCCCCCCCCCACGCACCCCACACAUACACACACACACACACACAUUUACCUCAUAAACUAAUGGCUGAGAAGCUUGUUAAAGUAAAAAUCAACUACUUCUACACUAUUUUUUUCUGUUAAUGUACAAAGCUCAGAGUAAAGGCAAAAUAGAUUAUGACAGAACUGAUUCAUGUUAUCUACAUAAUUGCCUCAUGUUUCUUCACACACUUUAUCAUCCAAUAUUGUGUAAAACCAUAUUAUGCUAUUUUGAUCUUGAGUAUUCUUUCAGGGUGUGUAAGAAUGCAACAACUCACUGCAUCUUAGAUAAGCUCCUCUAAACAACUCCAAUGUGUUCAGGGAAUCUAUUAUGCCAAAGAAUUUUGUAGAAUAGCAGAGCUUACCUCAAUAUCAGUGUUUAGCAAAUUGGAUGCAUUUCAUAGAUUGUAUCCUUAUUUGAGGUCCUGAAAUCUCCCUUUGAGUUCAUGUUAAUAACUCAAUCUCACAAAGCUCAGAUUUGUGAUAAGUACAAAGCAGUGGUAUCACAUGCGUGAAUACAUGUAUUGUAUUUAAUUGUUGAGGGGAUGUCAAACUGCUAAACCUGCGAUAGUGGCUGGUCACAACAUGUUUAUAUAACCUGUGUCUGAUAUUCAUGAGUUUACCUUCUACAACACGUUGUCACUGGAAGAAACAACAACUUCUUAUUCAACUUAUUUACAUUAGGUAUUAAAUGUCAAAAUGUGCAAGAACACAAUGAUAAAAUGUGUCAUCUUUUCACUCAUGGUUACCCAGAUUUACAUUUCAUCCAUUUACUAACAUUCAUCACAUUGGUGAUAGGUCCCUAAAUGAUUUCCAAGUUUUGUGUCCACUUUCAUCUCAAAUUGAAAAAGGGAGAUUUCAAAAUGGUGUAUGUAUAUUUAUAUUUUAAUUUGUCACAGUGACAUCAGAAUGAAAUGAUUGUGACAAAUAACUGUUUUUAAUUCAAUAAUAUAUUGUUCAAGAAAUUCAGACUGUGCCUUAUAGAAAAAACUGAUGCAAAAUAAUAA